AUGCUGAGGCGCCGCUACCGGCCGUUUGUCAUAUGCGCCGUCGUCAUAGUCUUCCUGCUGUAUCGCGCCGUGCAGAAUUCGUGGGAUCAGCAGCCGACCCUAAGCAGCGUCCCGCCGCCCCCAACCCCCCCGAAGCCAGCUCCGGUCGACGGCCGAGUCCAGCAGCCCCCGGCGCCGCAGCCUCAACAACCGUUGAAGGACGAGCCGAAACCCAAGCCCGACGACAAGCCGACGAAACCUGCCCCCAUUGAGCAGAAGAAGCCGGACGAUGACGAGCGACUCCCCAUCCAGGUCCCGACCUUGAAGGGUGACGAGAAGGGGAGACCCCCUUCGCAGCCAACGUCGCAAGCCCCAGUGGCCGGCGAGAUACCAUCGGAUCAUGGGAGCAAGGUCCCCCGCCCGGCCAAGAACAACGAGGAGCCUUUGCGCUGGAAGGAUCCGCCCAAGGACUCCACGAUCGAGGCGCCCCCCGCAGAGAAAAAGGAGCACUGGACCAAGCCCGAGGAGCACUUCCCCCUGCCCAAGGCGUCCAUCAUCACACUCCCGACCGCCGCACCCAAGAAGCUGCCCAAGAUCCAGUACAGCUUCGGCGCCGAGUCGGAGUCUGCCAAGGCGAAGCGGGUCGAGCGGCAGGCCAAGGUCAAGGCCGAGCUCGAGCGCUCCUGGUCCGGCUACAGAAAGCACGCGUGGAUGCACGAUGAGCUGUCCCCCGUCUCCGGCAAGUACCGCGACCCUUUCUGCGGCUGGGCGGCCACCCUGGUCGACUCGCUCGACACGCUGUGGAUCGCCGGCAUGAAGGACGAGUUUGACGAGGCCGCCAAGGCCGUCAAGGACAUCGACUUUACCUACACGCACCGCCUCGACAUCCCCGUCUUCGAGACUACUAUUCGCUAUCUCGGCGGUCUGGUCGCCGCCUACGAUGUCAGCGGGGGCGCUCAGGGCACCCACGCCUUCCUCCUCGACAAGGCCCAGGAGCUGGCCGAGAUCCUCAUGGGCAUCUUCGACACGCCCAACAGGAUGCCCGUCCUGUACUACCAGUGGAAGCCAAAGUAUACCUCCCAGCCCCACAUGGCUGGACGGGUCGGCAUUGCCGAGCUCGGCACCCUGUCGAUGGAGUUUACGCGCCUGGCCCAGCUCACCGGCCAGCACAAGUACUACGACGCCAUCGACCGCAUCACCAACGCCCUGAUCGACCUGCAGAAGCGGGGCACCCUGAUCCCCGGCCUGUUUCCCGAGUCUCUGGACGCGUCGGGCUGCAACCGGACGGCGACGGCCCUGCGCGACGCCGCGAGCCAAGCGGCCAAGGACCAGGUGGCCGCGGCGCAGCCCCUCGACGAGCCCCAGGGUUACGGUGCCGUUCAUGACGAGAGCGCACCGCUGUUAAACUCCGUGCUCGACAUCAACCGGAGCAAGCAGCGUCCUCCAUCCGCGGACGACAAGGUUCACCGCCGGGCGAUCGCCGCCACUGGCCCGGAUGGGCGCCCGCCCCCUGCCGUGUCUUUGAGAACCGCCACGGACAAGAUGACGGGUGGGCCGUUGGCAGCAAACGGCGACAAGGCGGCAUGGGACUGCGUGCCGCAAGGGCUGGAGCCGUCGAGCUACGGGUAUCAGAACUACCAUGUUGGCGGCGGCCAGGACUCGGCGUACGAGUACUUCCCAAAGGAAUAUCAAUUGCUUGGCGGCCGAGAGCCCAAGUACCAGAAGCUGUACGAGGAUUCCGCCGACGCGGUCAAGGAGUGGCUUCUCUACCGCCCCAUGCUGACUGGCGACUGGGACGUCAUGUUUCCCGCCAAGGUGGGCACGCUGGGCAACCCAAAGACCGACCUGGCCCCCGAGUACGAGGUGACGCACCUGAGCUGCUUCGUCGGCGGCAUGUUUGGGCUCGGCGGGAAGCUGUUUGGUCGGGACAAGGACCUCGAGCUGGCCAAGAAGCUGACGGACGGCUGCGUGUGGGCGUAUCAGAUGAUGCCGGCCAAAAUCAUGCCCGAGUACUCGCACGUCGCGCCGUGUCCCUCGCUGGAAAAGUGCGAGUUCAACGAGACGCGAUGGUACGAGUACCUGGACCCGUCCAAGGACUGGCGAGACGAGCGGGUCCGAGCUUGGGAUGAAGAGCAGGUGGAGCUCAAGCGGUCACAGCAAAAGGUCAUUAACACUCGCGAGCCAUCCGACGGUGCAGCCGACAGCGAGAUCCGGCCGCGCAACUCCACGGGGGUCUCCGCGGAUUCUGCCUCCACGCUCAGCAAGAGGGCUGCCGUCCCUGCGCAGGGGCAGAGGAAGCAAUUGACCGUCGAAGAAGGGUCGAAGCUGCCCGAGUCGCUGCGAAAGAAGCUCGGCCAGACCGACGGCACUGCCAAGGAACCCACCAAGGACGCGUCGGAUAAAAGCAGUGCAGACUCGAGUCGAGUAAAGGAUGACGCAACAGACAGCACGAAAGGCAGCACGAAGGACGACACCAAACCCACAACGCAGGACGCGAAGCUUCUCGACAACGUCCCUUACAUCCCAGAGCAGCAGGCCGACAGGCCAAGAGCACAAACCGAGUACGACCCAUCCGGGCGUCCACUGUCGCACAAGGAAUGGGUUCAGCAGAAGCUGGCGAGGGACAAGUUUCCCAAGGGCUUCGUGACGAUCCAGUCGCCCUCGUACAUUCUCAGACCCGAAGCCAUUGAGUCCGUGUGGUACAUGUACCGGAUCACGGGCGACCCGGCCUGGAUGGACAAGGGGUGGGCCAUGUUCGAGGCGACGGUGCGGGCGACGCGCACGGCCAUGGCCAACAGCGCCAUCGCCAACGUGCUGGCCAAGGAGCCGGCCCUCAAGGACGAGAUGGAGAGCUUCUGGAUCGCCGAGACGCUCAAGUACUACUACCUGCUGUUUUCGGAACCGAGCGUGAUUAGCCUGGACGAGUGGGUGCUCAAUACGGAAGCGCAUCCGUUUAAGCUGUGA